GUAAACGGUUACGUAUACUACGUAUGCGUAUACCUGCUGUUGGUCAGGAAGAAGGGGAAUAAGAAAAGUACUUUUGCAAUUUUCGAGUGGAAUAUUCCUUUUUCUUAAUUGCGACGAAUAAUGAUAACCUGUGUCUGGAUAUAUGAUUAAACCAAGACAAAACGCAAUGUAUAUAAAUGUGAAACAGUUGUUAUCGCUGGUAUGUCUAGUGGUUGGCGUCAUUUGUGCAUACAUAUUUACAUAUGUGCAUAUAUGUACAUUUGCCUUUGUAUUUUUUCGUCGACAAAUUUUCGAUGAACUGCAAUUAUAGUAGUUAAGAAAAUAAAGAAUUGUGCCUAACGGUUUUGCUAAUCGGAUCUUCUAAUAUAAAAACUGAAGAAGAUGGAUCCGCUGAAGAUCGCUGAGCUGGCCAGCCUUCUACGCCAGAACGGCGACAAAGUAUUGAGCUCCGAGUUUACCUUGACGUUAUCAGGUUCUCUCCUGCGGGCACUGAACGACUCCUUCACCCUCAUCGCAGAUAUUGAGAUUGGUUCCGGCAUCAUUCAUCAGCAGUCCUUUCAAGUCGUCAAACCCAUCAACGCGAAGUCCAGCGUUUUUUCCGAGCUGCAGUUGGUUUACGACUUUGUGCAGAAGACGACGCUGCUGAGGCUGUCCUUCUUCCCCAGUGAGGUUUACUUUGAGGGCGUCAUGGACAUCUCCAAGUUCCGAGCACUGCGGCGGCUCGAGGUGAACAAAAUCAACAUCGGGCAGGUAGUGGGAAUCCAACCGCUGCGGGGCCAGCUGCAGCACCUGAUCUGCGUGAGGAGCUUGACCUGCGUAGACGACAUAAUUAUUCGCUGCGGCGGUGACAACUCCAACGGGUUUGUGUGGAACGAACUACAGUCAGCCGACUUCAGCUACAACAGCCUGCGCAGCGUGGAUACAGCCCUAGAGUUUGCACAGCACCUGCAACAUCUAAACCUACGGCACAACAAGCUCAACAGUGUAGCCGCCAUCCAAUGGCUGCCGCAUCUAAAGACCUUGGACCUAAGCUACAACUGCCUCACGCACCUUCCACAGUUCCACGUGGAGGCCUAUAAGCGGCUACAGUUGCUCAACGCUAGCCACAACUACAUAGAGGAGCUCCUGGACGUGGCAAAGCUGGACGCUUUAAAAAACCUGGAUCUGUCCGAUAACUGCCUGUUAGAACACUCGCAGCUGCUGCCCCUAAGUGCCCUGCUUUCACUAACCGUCUUGAAUCUUCAGGGCAAUCCGCUUGCUUGCAAUCCCAAACAUCGACAAGCAACAGCACAGUAUCUGAGCAAGAACUCGACGUCGGUAAAAUUUGUUUUGGACUUUACGCCACUGACUAAGGCGGAGAAGGCGCUGACGGGCAGCCAGAAGUGUUGCUACAUAGGUUCUCUAAACAGACAUCCGAGAAGUAGCUCCAUGUCCAUAAACAGCUCCAGUGCCAACAGCGAUGGAUCUCAGUUUUCCAGCGUCGGCUCUCGGCGUUCGAUGACAGUCAAGGGACAUAAUUACCCAGUGACGGCAGAACAGUCGAUGGCAGUACCAACCUCGCAAUUGACCAAAAAGUCUGCAUCGAAAAAGAUCAGGACAGUAGACAUAGAGGAGAAUAUUGAGACAGAGUCAGAAGCGUCCGCUAUUUCCCCUCAAAAGCUUCAGUCCGACUCCGAAGAGGGAACCGAUUCCUCCCACCUGGAGACUAAAAAGCAAAUUGAGAAACUUCGCCUCACUUAUGGCAAUGAAUGGUUAAGGACCGGCAAUGCCGAUAUGACGCUGGGAAUCGAAUCGCCGCAGCCUUCUGAACUAGAGCGCGACAAUGCUCGUCAGCUGUUCAAUGAGUUCUUGGGGGAAUUUUCAGGUUCAUCAAGCAUAAUUGUUAAUUCUCAAGCGUAUCUUGAACAUCUCCAAAUUUGCUCUACUCCAGCGGAUAACGUUUUGUUAAAUACAACCUUUGACACCACUCUGACCCCUAUUAAGUCCGAUGCAAACGAUACAAGUGGCCUAAAUUUUUAUGAGACCUGCACAGAAGGAAAAGUGACAAACUACGAAAGCAUCGUCAGCAUCACAAAGGAAUUGCGAGCGGAGGAGUCACUGCCUGAUAAGCACGAAGAGUUUUUGAGGCUCUUUGCGAAUAGCUCAACUGCUGGUCAAAAUGAGAACCUUCCGAAUGAGAGUACGGUAUCCGAUGCCGAAUCUGACGAGGAAACUUUCAUAGUCUAUCAUGAGCAAAAGCCGAGCGAUGCUCUUUUUUUCACCAUAUCUUCAAACUUUAUACGUGAAAAAGAUACGCUAACCGAAAGGACUAAAACCAAAUGGAGUCUCAAAAUACUGGAGUCAUGCGAGCGAGUAAAGUGCAAUACCUUACGAAUAAUAUUCGACACGAUUCGAAAGGACAAGCAGGAGAGAAUCUAUUGUGUUGAGAGUACAUUGUGUCGGCAGGAACUGGAAAAUAAAUUGCGAGACAUUCUCUGUCGGCGUGAUCUGAACGAAAUGAACAUAUCCAUUUAUCGCUGUGUGAGUUGUCUAACUCAAUUUACCAUUGAGCAGAAAAGCAAGCGACAUAAAAAAAAGGACUUGCGAUGUCCAAACUGUCGUAGUGCUUUUGUGGCCGAAGUAACUGAGUUGUCCUCCUCUUUGACCAAACAUUCGGAGGAAGUGGUGUCCGAGCACAAAAAUUCCCUCCCAAACAUAAUGAUGGAGGAAACGCUUGUUGAGUCAUUUACAGGGUCAACAAAUAAGGAAGAAAGCAAAAGCAUUGGUUCCGGCAAUUCACUAAACGAGAGCAGCUCUUGCUCGAAAAUUACUAACUCGCAGAGCUCUUUUGACUCUAAUCAGUCCGUUGUGGGUAGCUCUAACACGGAUCGUGAUAUAGAGUUUCGGGCUAACGAAAGUGAUGUGGAUAUCAUCUCCAAUCCGAGCCAGUCAAGCAUAGAGGUGAUAGAUCCAAACUACGCACAGAGCACUAGUCGCAAGACCUCAGAAGAGUGCCAUCUGUCAUAUCUGGAAACGAUAAGCGAUGAAAAAGGGCAAUCUAAAAGGUUCUUAGAUCGAAAGUUCGGUUUAAUUCAGGCGGAGCAGGGUCAGCCUGCAGCUCGCGUUUCAUUAGCUGUGUCCCAAGUUCCGCUCACAGAAAGCAGCUCGUCCGGAUCUAUUACCGACAGUAUUUGUACAACCUACGAGCAGCUGGGCAUUGAUGGGCCGACAAAUCUUUCAAAUUUGCUGCUUUCCGAAUCUAUAAAUAGUCAAAUAAGCUCAAAUACGGACCCAAUAAGCCGUUUAAAAAGAGGUGAUGAAGUCAGCCUUUUACCGUUUGCAGCCGUAUUUCGUUCAACUAAUCUGCUCAUGUCCAGCUCAAAGAAGAUGGUAGACUCGGAAGCUAAUGUCUUGGGUACUCAGCCUUACAAAUUUAACUACAUUGACUUUAAUGAUAUCGAUCACCGUCUAAAACUCUUCUUCUACCAGAGCAAGUUUAAGGAGGAUGGUGAACAUUUUAAGUGGUUGGCAAAGGGACGCGUUUUUAACGAACAGACCCAGGUCCUAGGAGAAGGACUCGUGGUGAUGUCCAACAGCAAUUUCUUCUUAAUGGAAUCCUUUGCAUUACCCCAAGACGAUGUGGCCAAGUGGCUUCGGCAAGUCGUAAGAGUGUCGGUUAGUCGAUUAGAGGCGGUUGAACUGCUGCCCUGGAAGCUUGGAUUAUCCUUUACCUUAAAAGAUUGGGGCGGAUUUAUGUUGCUGUUGCACGACAUGCUUACGACCGAAAGCUUACUUCUUUUCUUGCGACGUCAUCCUCUACCAGAGAAGUGCAAACUUAAUUACAAACCAUUCACACCCCUUAGCAAUCCGUUGCAAACUAUUGCAUCCGAACCAGUUAAAAUGUGCUCCCUGCUUCGUAGCAGCCAAUGGAUUCGUGAAAAAGAGAAGAAGAACUUUGAACACUGUCUGCUCCUAAUUACAGAGUCACAUUUGUACAUAUCGGCAAAUUUAAAAUUCUCAUGGCUUUCAAAUAAAAUUCAGGAUAAAUCAACGCAACCGGAACUUACCCUUAGACAGCCCAUGAGCAACUUAGUAGACGUGGAACGCAUUACGGAUCAAAAAUAUGUGAUGAACUUUAGCGACGAGACCCAAAACCAGUGCGAGACGUGGCAGUUGUUGUUCGAAACGCAUAAAAAUUCCACUUGUUGUCUGAAUGUCAUCGGUAAAACAUGGGAGCGCCUGUUUGGCGUUCCAUUCAGCCUAUCUAAACCGUAGCAGAGCUCUACGCCAAGGCACCAACUAGAACGGAUUACCAUACAUUUCAAUUUAUUGUGCAAGGCUUAGAAUUGUUAAUCUGUUUUGACUACGUUAUUUGAUUAUUUGUCAUUAGUUAUCUUAACUUAACGUAUUUGUGAGUCGUUGGCUAGGUUUUUUUGAGUUGCGCAAAAAUUGUGCUUACCGAACAAAUAAAUGUUAAUACUUUAAAAUGAAAA